AUGUCGCGGGCGGCGCGUUCGGCGCGCUCGGUGCGGGCCGCGGCCGGAGCCGGCUCAGCUCCCGGGGCGGCCCCGAGGCCCGUCCGGAUCCUCAUCCCGGCCGGGGGGGCCGCGCCGGGGCCGCCGCUGGGGCCGGUGCUGGGGCAGCGCGGGGUCUCCAUCGCCGCCUUCUGCAAAGACUUCAACGAGCGCACCCGGGACAUCAAACCCGGGGUCCCGCUGAGGGUCCGGCUGCUCGUUCAUCCGGUGGGGGUGGUGUCCCUGGCUCAGCUGUUCGAGGUGGCCGUGGCCAAGCAGAGGGACCCGGCCGUGGCCACCCGGGGGACCCCCCUGCCCGCCCUGGUGGGCUCCCUGGUGGGCUCUGCCCACAGCCUCGGCCUGCACGUGGUGCCCAGCCCCUGA